UCUGUCAAUGGAAUCACACCUUCCCCUGAAAUCUACACUUAUGUUUGGUUGCCAAGAAAAUGAAAGAAAAUAAUUUUUUUUUGAAUUUGAAGAUAGAGAUAUAGACAUAAAUCAAUUGUUGUGUCGUUAUGAUUUUUGUUUUAUUAAAUUUUAUUAUUAUUUUUUCUUUUCUUUUGUUGACAACCAAACAUAGUGAUCCAAAUUCCAAUUGCUAUUCUUCUCGCCCCCAUUCAAAUGGCAAUAGCAAGCUUUACGACAUUGGAGCCGACCAGGAUGGUAUCUCCACCUCCUAUGGGCCGUUCAUCCUUCGCAGAAACAAAUGCAAGAGGAAGGUGCAACACUUCACGAAAGGCACCGAUGAGGUUUCGAACUGUUUGACUUGUUGCCUUUCAUCUUCCAUUUAUAUCUCAAUUGUGCAAGGUCGAGCACAUGGCGAAUGACUGGUUCAAUAGAUAAUUUAGAGAUUUUAAAAUACCAAGAGAGAAAGAGGUAAGUUUUAUGAAAAAAAAAAAAAUUGAAUAAAGUGAGUUUGAGUAAUGAGAGGUUACAUAUAGGGAUAAAUAGAAAUUGUCCCCAGUGAAUCGGUUGAAGCAUAGAAGGGGGAUGAAAUCCAAAUAUGGUCAGAGACUUACAGACCACAGUGGGUGUGUCAAAAACAAAAAAAAUAGAGAGAGAGAGAGCAUAUGCAGAAACGAAGCGAUGUUCUUAGAAGAAGCGAAGAAACGGUUAGAAGAGCAUAUGCAGAAACGCUCGACUGAAGAUAUCGAGUGCCUAACGCAUAGCAGUCUCCAGAUCGUGAAGGCAAGGGAUAGAACAGGGAAUUGCCAUGUGGGAGCGAUAGCUUCCACAAUCGAUGCAGUUGGGGCAACAGCUGUAGCGAUUUACACAGGCGACCUCAAAGUCUCAAUUAAUUUCAACAUUUCCUACUUCUCAACGGUUAAGAUUCAGGAAGAGGUGGCGAUUGAAGCUAAGAUGGUAGCGCAUAGAGGAAAGCUUUCAUUGACGAUAGUAGAGUUUAGGAGGAAGAAGGAUGGAGUUAUGGUAGCUUUGGGCUCUCAAGCUCUCUGCUGUAGAUCCAUAUCUUCAAAGCCGCCACUCAAAUUUGCUUGUCAAAGAGGAUUCUCCAUGGCAAUUGUCAAUGAGAAGGGCAUCUCAAUAUCAUCCAACAAAUGCUGCAAGAAACCUGGGAGACUGAUGGAUCUUAAAUAUUUCGGGAACUAAAAGCCUGGGUUGGGUAGGCUCAGCCAUGUAGGUGCCACUGGCAUUCUGUACUCCUUGCCACAAAGAAGCUAGGCUCUAAAAUUUUAUAUGUUCCCUAGUCGUUUCCUAGUGAAUAUUUAUGCAAAACUCUGAUCAGACAGACAUUGAAGCAUUGUAAGUCCCUGCCUGUUGUGUAUUUAGUUCUUCGCUUGCCUUUGCUUACACUAUCAUCUUUAUUUCUGUAUUUUGUACACUUUAUUGCUGUAUCUUGGGCUUUACCCUUA